GCAGCUGUGUCAAGGUGUGGUCACCGCUCAGAUCUCCCAGUAUGCUUCAUCUAUACGUGCCAAAUGCGUAUAGGGCUGUCCAAUCAACAACUGUACCCUCAUCGGACCCCCAGGAGUCAGAGGAUCUCCUGGAAGUCCAGGAAAACCGGUGCUAAAGGUCUAAAAGGACAGAGAGGUGAACCUGUAAUAGGUCUACCAGGACAUGAUGGUCACCAAGAUCUCAGAGGACUGCCAAGCCAUCCAGCAGAGCCAAAAGAUGGAAUUGAUGGGCUGCGAGGACCCUGUGGGUUUCCCAGGCCUGUGGAUCAACCUGGCAUGGUCGGCGAUGCAGGAAUACCUGGCAUGUGCGAGGCACGAGACUGCAGCAUUCAUGCGCCUGUAGUGCGCAAAGAGAUGGGAUUGGUUAAAGGCCCUCUCAGCUAGGCCUGACAACAGGGACGAAUGUGAGUGACCCGGGACAGGAGAUAAUCUCCAGCAGAGG